GAAUCUGCUAUUUACUAUUAAUUUAUCUGUUAGAGAAUGAAUACAGCAUAUGUCGGACGAGUUAACUAGAUAUUUUUGGCAUUAAUAAUAUAUUUGACCAAAACUUGUGUUAAAUCUGCAAAUUUUAAUUAAUUUUAUUGCAUAAUUUCAUGCUUUAUAGUAGAGUUUAAUUGGAUAAACGUGUUAUAAAAUGGCAAACAAUACAAGUACAGUGAAACUAAACCAUUUUCUACACUCAAGUCAGUCACACGCCGUAUUGCGUGAGUGGCAGUCACGCGGAUCCACACACUUCUCUCCCGCGGACUUUGUUUUACCACUUUUUAUAAUCAAUGGCGACGACGAGAAUGAGGACAUUGAGUCGUUGCCGGGCGUCAGUCGUAUGGGAAUUAACGUAUGCGUCGAGUAUUUGCGACCACUGGUCACAGAAUACAGGCUCCGGUCUGUCCUACUGUUCCCCGUAAUGAAGGGCACAGAUAAACAGAUCGCACACGCGUUUGACGCCACACGCAAUCCAGUGCUUAGACUUAUACCGAUUCUAAGACAACAAUUCCCGGACCUAUUGGUGGUGUGCGACGUCUGUCUCUGCACUUUCUCACCCGAAGGUCACUGUUGUGUCUUCACAGCCGACCAUAAGAUGGAUAACAGCGCGUCGAUCGCGAAGAUAGCGGCGAUCGCCACAAAAUACGCUGAAGUGGGCGCUCAUGUGGUGGCGCCCAGCGAUAUGAUGGACAUCAGGAUCAGUGCCAUCAGGAAUGCACUGAACGAGAAGGGCUUCGACACGGUUUCCAUACUCUCAUAUUCGGCCAAAUUUCAGUCAUGCUUUUACGGGCCCUUCAGAGAUGCCGCCGGAUCUGCACCAAAGUUUGGCGAUCGCAGAGCCUAUCAGUUGCCGAUCGGCUCUAAAGGGCUGGCCUUACGUGCGGUGGAGAGAGAUAUAGAGGAAGGCUGUGAUAUGGUUAUGGUUAAGCCGGGUUUGCCUUAUUUGGAUCUCAUAUCGCAGAUUAACAGCCGUUUCCCGGACUUCCCGAUCGCUGUUUACAACGUUUCCGGCGAAUACUCGAUGAUAAUGACGGCCGCAAAGCACGGAGUGUUUGAUCUGAAACAGUCUGUCUUUGAGACGAUGACCAGCUUUAAGAGGUCCGGCGCUAACAUUAUUAUCACAUAUUUUACGCCAAAUCUGUUGAAAUGGAUUAAAGAGGAC